AUGCAACUCAUUUCUAUCGUCAGUUUCAUGGCACUUGUGCCCGCAGUGCUAUCAUCUCCAGUGACCAACUUCAAGAAAAUUGCCGUCCGGGCUGAUAAUCGAGGCAACGAAACUAUCUCUGGCCUGGGAGCCCGCAAGCAGGAGGUGGUUGGUGCUGGUGGCAACACCCGUGACCUGGCGAUUGCGAUGCUGGAGACGAAGACAAUGACGACCGAUUACACAUAUGGUGACGGAAAGUCUGGCGACUCCACAAACUUCGGUGUCUUCAAGCAGAAUUGGUAUAUCCUGCGAAACUCUGCAUCCGAAUUCCUAGGACAGACCGUCGCAGAGGUUGAUAACGGGGCGAUUCUUAACGCCAGCUCCGAUCUAGACAAAGAUAUCCAAGCCCGCCAUGAGGGUGAGGAACACUACGGAUAUGAAACCUGGUUUAGCGGACACCGCAACGGAGAAAGCGGUAUCAACAACCCCGGCACUGCUGAUAUCAAUACAUACAUCGAUGCUGUCGCAUGGAUCCAACAGCAGAUUGAGAGCGAUGAGAAGUAUCAAUCUGAUGAUACUCGGUUCUGGGUUGAUGUUCAGGCAAUUUAG